UUACUUGUAAAUGUGUGUUAGACGCGUCCUUGUAACGUCGACGCGAUAGGGUGCUCUGUCGCAUUGAUUUUUCUAUAAACCGAGCUAGUAAAUAUUGGUUAGCGCUCGUUAAUCAGUAUAAGAUGUCUUAGAGGUUAACGGUGUCGGCCGUAUAAACAUUCAUUGGUGGCCGCCGACGAACAUAAAAGUGUUUAGUUUAUCUCCUUCAUUCCGUUUGGAGCAACUAGAGGUAUCGCACGUACGUACUAUAUUAUACAAAAUUUUGGACUAAAUCGCGCUUAUUAACGUUUGAGAAACCACACCAGUGAAUCUCCAAAAUGGCAAGCAGUACAUGGGAGGAAUUCUUCGCGGUCCACCUGCCCCCACCAGACUUUGAAGACAACCGCUCCCUGCUGAAGGAGUUCUGUGAGCGGCAUGACCAGUACGGCAACAAAAUUGUUCUUGUCACUUCUGGUGGUACAACAGUCCCCUUAGAACACAACACGGUCCGUUUCGUGGACAACUUCAGCGCGGGCACCCGUGGCGCGUCUUCUGCCGAGUACUUCCUUGAACAGGGGUAUGCGGUCAUCUUCAUGCAUCGCCAGAAGUCGCUGGAACCGUUCACGAGGCACUUCACUGGACAGAAGCUGCUGGAUAUGCUUGAGAUUCAGGAUAGAGGACCUAAUACUUCUAUUUCAGUGAAACCAGACAGCGUCGACGUGCUAGCACCCAUCCUCCUCCGCUACAAGGCAGCUCACGCGGCGGGCGCGAUCCUGCACGUGUCAUUCACCACUGUAUCUGAGUACUUCUGGCUGUUACGCGCCGCCUGCGAGUGUCUGGCCAACCUGGGUGCUAGGGCCAUGCUGUAUCUAGCUGCCGCUGUGUCCGAUUUCUAUAUACCUAAGGAUCGAGUGCCUACCCACAAGAUGCAGUCAGCCUGUGGUGCCCCCAUCAUCCAACUGCACUUAGUACCCAAGAUGUUGGCUCCCCUCGUCAACCUGUGGGUGCCCGAGGCUUACGUGGUCUCCUUCAAGUUGGAGACCGAUGAGAAUCUGCUCAUACCUAAAGCGAGGGCUGCGCUUGACAAGUAUAAGCAUAAGAUGGUGGUAGCAAACUUGCUGCAGACCCGGCACCACCGCGUGAUCCUGGUGUCCCCCGACGUGUCCCAGGAGAUCGUGCUCACCAGGGAAGAGGUUCAUGCUGGCGUGGACAUCGAGUCGUCGAUCGUGUGCGAGAUAGUCCGCGUGCACGCGCUGCACAUGCGGCACGCGGGCGAGCCCGUGUCGCCGCCGCGCUCGCCGCGCUGAUGCGUCCGCCGCCGCCGCCUCUACCUCACCAACCAGUAGGCGCGGCGCCCACACGUGUGCGGAAAUGUGGACGAACUCUGCUCAGCGGUGGUGAACUAGUGGACUGUGUGUGGCGAGCAGUGGACUCCAUGUGGUGAACAGGUGGACUAUGUGCUGAGCAGUGGACUAAUUGUGGCGAACGAAUGGACUAUUUGUGCAGUGAAAUAUGUUACUUACAGUUGACGAAAUGUGCUGAACAGUGAACUAUAUAUGCUGAAUAGUGAACUGUAAGUGCUGAACAGUGGACUAUGUGUUCUGAUCAGUGAACUAUGUGCUGAAUAGUUAAAUAUGUUUUCUGAACAGUGAACUAUUUGUGCUAAUUAGUGGACUACAUGCGGAACAGUGGACCAUAUGUGCUGAACAGUAAAAUAUAAGUGUUGAACACUUGACUUAACGUGCUGAAAAGUGUGUUAUAUUUGCUGAACUCUUGACUUCAUAUGCUGAACAGUUGACUGUAAAUGCUGAAAAGUUGACUAUAUUAUGUGGUGAACAUUAAACUAAACAGUGAAUAGUGAUCUAAAACUUGAUGAGUGUAUAAUCAUCGUACUUCACUGCUGUGACCACGCUCGCCGCUGCCUUUACCUCGCGAAAAAAAAAAGAACUUUAAACUGAACAGUGAACAUUGUACUGAUCUGUGCAUGUUGUAAUAAACAAUGGUUUUCACAGUAGGUAAAUAGUGAACUGUAUGACAAACUAAAACUUGAUGCGUGUAUUUACAUCGAGUUAUUUCACACGCUGGUGUGAAUGCGCGCCAUACGACUUGUCUAAAAAGUCCUUAUAUCAACAGUUGAGUUUGACGCUUUGAUGUGAACAGUGGACUUCAUAAUGAACAGUGAACUAAAAGUUCAUGCACUUUUAAUGUGUUGUCAUCGUAAUGUGUACUUUACAUAUGGCUAGCGGGCCAACCCGUCUUGCUGGUAUCUCUGUACCAGCCAGUAAGCGUAACGUUUGUGUAGUUGGAACUCUGUAGUGGAUUGUGGACUACUACGUGUGUACUACAGAACAUUAAAUUUAAAGAACAGGAUGCUUUUUUGUAUUGGAACUUUCUUCUGGAAAGAACCGUGAAGUGCCCGAGCAAUCGUGUAUAAACUAUGAUUCGUUUUGUUGUUCAUAGACGAACAGUCAUGCAAUGUUUGAACUAUGUGCUGUUUGCAGCAAAUGAAAGUAACGUUCAUGCUAAUAAUGGUGAUAUACAGAGCAAAAACAUUCAACUGGUAAACCAAGAAAACUCUCUCAAAGAAAAAUAGUGAUCGAAAAAUUACAAAUUGUUUGUACGACGAGUGGUAACUUACUAAAAGUUCCCGCGCUCCCGAGCUUGAAGACUAUCUUAGCGAAUACAACUACUUAUGUGACUCAAAUAAAAUCAUGACAAAACUUUUUCUCUCAUGCUGAAAAUGUACGUGAAGUUCAUGAACGUUCUAAGCGAUGUAAGGUCAUCGUAAAAUGACACUUAUGACUUCUCAAUACACGUGUGUGUUAAAUGUAUCAUAUAAUACUAUGUGUUCCCAGUGUUUAAAUAUAACAAUAAAUGUCUAUUCAUGCACGUUUUUCGAACUGUAUCAAAGAUGCGCGUUCAGGCAUUGGAUACAUUGGAGUGAUACAUCACCCUAAAAAGACUAUGAUCAUGAAAAUAGUAACAUAAGCUGUGAAUGUUUAUACAUCUCGGUGUUUUAUCUGUUUGUAUACCUGUAAACUAUAUUUUAAUGUCUCAAAUACAGCUGUAUAUAAAAAUUCUAAUGUCUCAUCGUGACUUAAAUGACUUGCUAAGUUCUUACAGUAAAAGAAGACCAAACAAGCAUGGCAUCAAUGUAAAAAGUAUUUGCCACGCAACAUGCAAAAGCAAGUAAACAUACGGGUCACGGACGCCAUUAGACGUCAAUAUUAAAAACACUUCAGUAGGUAACAGCUUACGUCAAAGAAUGAACUUAAAAAUAUUAUGCCUUAUCCGAAAAUCUGACCUUGUGUGCUUGCAAAAAUAUAAACAAACUAUAUAUUUAAACAAGUAUCAGCUAAAAUAUGAGCAUCAAUGAAAAUAAAAGUACAUAAUGAGUUCAGUAAGGUCGUUGACUCUCAACAAAUGGGUUGUGAGCGAAAUCUACCGAUAUAAGAGAGAUAGCCCUUGCCGUUAUUGAGGUCAACUACGUUAGUGGUGUAGCGGGUGAAAAACAAAGGCUUUGGCUGAUGAAAUCUUUUCAUACUGAUACAUAAGCAAGCUAAAAUAACGAGUAUUUUUUUAAACGAACAUAAAAUAUUGCCUUUCGACCCUGAGUUUUUUUUAACAACGACUAAAAUCAUCAAAGGACUCCCGCUAUGGUUUAGCAGCGGUGAGGGAGUGUCAGACUAUUAGUGACUAAAAACCGUGGUGUUCCGUCGUAGGCCUUUUAUAUACCACGGCCGCGGUAACUAUUUCGAACAAUCCCGCAGGCAGGCCUUGGCCCUGCUGGGCCACGCUGGGGCUUAAUUCCCCAUUCUGGGAUUGUUUUUAAAAUUAAACAUGCAACCAGCAGAAUAUUUAAAUAAAAAUAACUUAUAUCGUGUAUUUAUUAGGAUAUCACCUCUCGAUUUGCCCCAGUAACAUCUGUAGCUAGAUUUUAUAUGUCUGUAACUUUUAUUAAAAUAUCUAAAUGUAACAUUAUAUCGAUUGUAAAUACGAGUAAUAUUCAAAAAUAUUAUUAAAUAAAUUUAUCUAUCAUCAGAACUUCCAAUAGGAUUUUAAAUGUUAACUUUAUGGAAAAUAGUAAAACUACAUGUGUAAUAUUUAUUAUUGUAUUUUGUAAUAGACAACACUGUUAACAACAAAAAUGGAUUUUUAAACAAUUGAAUAUUUAAAUAAAAUGUUCUUCCAUUUCUGUUGUUAAUAGAAUACAUAUUUUGUUGUUAGUAAAUGGUUUGAUGUGUAGGCUAACAUCGAAUUUCAAAAAAGUGUCUAUCUGCCAAUUUACUUACUAGAGAUAGGAUUUGUCUGGUAAGCAAGUCAGAUAGAUAAAUUAUUGAAAUGUUCCUUAAUUGGGUACUAGUAUAAUACAGUACCUGUAGCGUAAGAAUGGCAGGCCUUAGAUGCAGGUGAGCCUAAAUGAACAGCGGAGUUCAAUAUCACUCGAUAUGAUUAUGAAUUUUAAUACAAAACAUUAUAGAAUGUUGGAAUUUUAACUCAUAAAAAAAACCGGCCAAGUGCGAGUCGGACUCGUGCACGAAGGGUUCCGUAAAUUACAGUUAAAUCAACCUAUCUCAAAAACUAUAAGAGAUACUUUGAUCAAACCAAAAAUCGUUGAAAGAGUUAAUUAGCAUGCAUCACCUCUAUUUUUUUUAGAAUUUUAUACCCCGUAGUUAUAAAAAUAGAGGGGGGGGGACAUACUUUUUACGACUUUGAGAGCUGAUAUCUCAAAAACCGUUCACUUUAAGAAAAAUGUUUUUUAGAAAACUUUAUAUCAUUUUAAAAGACCUUUCCAUUGAUACCCCACACGGGUAUGUACAUCGAAAAAAAAAAUUUCAUCCCUCAGUUACAUGUAUGGGGGGCCCCACCCCCAAUUCUUUUUUUUACUAUUUAGUGUCAUAUUUUUGUAGCGGUUCAUACAACACAUAUUCCCAUCAAAUUUCAUCACUGUAGUACUUAUAGUUUCCGAGUAAAUCGGCUGUGACAGACGGACAGACGGACAGACGGACAGACGGACAGACGGACAGACGGACAUGACGAAACUAUAAGGGUUCCGUUUUUGCCAUUUUGGCUACGGAACCCUAAAAAGCGGCUUAAUUACAUAACAAAUAGCAAUCAGUUGCUUUUAAAAAUAAUUGUCAUUGUUAUGUAAUUAGGCUGCUUUGUGAAACACAUGCACCUGUGUCGUGUUUAACUACUAAAUUGGAGAUUUAAACUGACUAAAUACAUAGGUAAUUUUGCAUUAUAUUUUAUUUAAAAAUGUUGCAAAAUUGUCUAUGCAGAUUUAUCUUAAAUUAAGAUUUAAAUUAUUAAAAUAUUUAUUUACAUAAGUUUAAAAAAGUGUAUCAUUUAUUUACUGAUAAGAUUCAAUGUUGUAUGGUGUAAAUAGUUGUAAGUCUUAUGUUUCUACUUCUAACUUAAUAUAUUCUUCAGGACCAGGACUUUAUAAGAUGCAGAAAGUAAGAUAGCACUCUACUUUUAACUAAAAAAACGAGAUAUUACGAUUUUUCGAUAAUUUUAUAUCGAUAAAUCGUAAAAUAUCGAUAAAUAGCCUUAUUUUCAAAUGCCUUAUUUCGAAACUCAUUAGUGUAUAGUUUAAAAACAUUUCUCCUAGAUUGUUAGCUAUAAAUAGUAAUGUUUUGAUCGUUCUGUUAUUAAAAUUUGAUAUUUUAUCGUCAUAAAUGGAUAUAUUAUUUAAAAUUUUAAAGUUGGUAUAUACUAAAGAGUUUUACAUAUCAAAUACACAAUUAUUCGCGUGUGAAACCGAUUCAAAUGUUUAUUUUAUUCAGGCGUUAAUGUUAUUUAUAAUAUUCGUACGUUAGUCAUUCUACUGAUAACUUUAACACAAUUAAUUUUGUUGAUAAAGUCAAAUGAUAGUGGGGGACCGGUUUGAGCAAGAAGAGUUGAUCUUUUUAUUGUUCUUUGAAGUUGCUAUCUAUUUUACAACCCGAGUCAGGGACCUAUGUGUGUUCACAGCGUUCUGUGAAACUUGAAGAAAGAGCGCUAUAUUCACAAUUAUCGUCUCUCUCGCUCUCGCGUUAUCGAUACGGGCGUUUGCCUGGUUUCCAUUGGCACAUCAUUAUUAAACAAUUCAUUAUCAAAAAAUGUCUUGAAACUAAGGCCUUAACAAAAUUCGUUUUGCUAAAAUUUUACGUUAAACAUAUAAUGGUGCUCCAUUGGGAUAUCUUCAUUCUGAACUCAUAUUCGUGAAAAGUCUUUUAUAUAAUCAUAGUUGAUUAUUCAAUGAUUUUAGUCGAUUUAGUGUUAUACAAGAUUUUUGAAUAUUUGAUACUUAGAUAAAGUCUAGAUGAUAUGACUUCUAAAGUAGACGCCAGAAAUGCGCAAAAGUAAAUUGAAAAACUGUAAAAUUGCCUUUUUAUUAAAAGGUGAGUUAAUAUUGAUAUCUGGCGUCAAUAGUUCUAUAUUCGUAAUGGUUGCUCUAGUUAUUCUUCGAAAUACAGCCUAGUCGUAAAGAAGGAAGGCUCAUUCGGAAUUUCGGAAGAAAAUUGCAGCAACCAAUGUAUAAAGAAGUCAUUCGAUAUUCUCACACUCCAUUUUAAAGGAAAGCAGGGAAACAGCUAGCGUUGGAAUUUAUUUUUGUUAUUUAUCCUCGAAAUUGUUGUCUCGAAAAUAGUUUUGGUUGAAUCGAUUUCGAAAAUGUCUUUGUAAGUUAUAUACAAACUAAUUAAUUGUUCUACAUAUACUCGAAUACAGACAUUUUUUUGACAGUUAUAAAUAUAAUUCGAUUAGUUUUCAACUCGAAUAUUUACAUAAAAUAAGUGCUAUGUUUAUUUAAAUAAAAUAAACAUUUUAAACCCAUGUUAUUUUUCUUUAAAGAAUCGUUAUUGUCAACAUCAGUUGUUAAUGUUUAUUUCUCGAAAUUUUUAUUAGAUUAUUUUGGAAAUUGUAUUAAGCGCUGUGUUUAAAUGUAUAAGUAAAUGUGUGUACUUGGAUAUAAAGGGUAUUUAUCAUAUAGAUGUCGUGCCGGAGUGGUUUAUAUCAGACUUAUAGAAUGUUCUAUGUAGAUAGAUAUUAUACCUGUUUGUGUGUGUGCGUGGGAUUAUUUUUCUCAACAAGUACAAUGCCUGGUGCAAAAAUAUUAAAAUAAAUUACCUAUAGCAUGUUGCUAUGUUUAAUCUACGUCGUAUAAAAAUGCCUGGGGACGUUUUAUGAAAAGGGUUCCACGCACACACAGAAACAUUUGAUUGUGUAAGUGUAAUAUCAUGUUUUAUAACUAUUAUAUCAUAUUUUAUGGAACGUUGAUGUGUGGGUAAGUUCCCGUGUUCUUCAAGUAUUAAAUCCAUAUAUUCUAAGUAUCUAGUUGUACUAUCUGUAUGUUGUAAUAUCAUCCUUAUGUACUUGACAAUAAGGUCGAUUACAAUUUUUAAAAAAUCAACUACUUCGCUGUCGUGAAAUAUAUGCAAAUACAUAAUGUAAUUUUAACGUUGAUAUUUCAUAUGUUGGUGUAUGAACAUUCUACCUAAUAUAAUUUGGAAAAAUAAUACGUAACUUGCUCAUUUAGAGCUUUUUAAUAUAUUAUUUCUAAUCAUAUUCACAUUUUACUCAAAGUUAUGUAACUUUUGUAUGUACUUUUGAUUAUGUAUUUGUAUAUAUUUUCACGAUGGCAGUGUUUCAGCACAAUACAGAACAAGUAGGCUUAAUUCUAAACAGAAAUUAAAGUAUCUUGGAACAUGAUAUUAUAUUAUUUUCAAAACUAAAAGCUAAGCUGAUCAAAAUAUGUUUCUUGUUAUAUUGUCAAAAGUUCGAGAUUAAUUGAAUACUAUCAGUAUUUCAAAUGACGAUUGUUUUGGUAUAACAUCAUGUUCUCAGGCUAAAAAAAAAUAUUGAAGGAAAUAGCACUUUCAUCACUCAAAAAAAAAAAUUGAAAUCUAUUGUCACCUACAACAAUAAGGAACAUAAAUAAAUUAGAUUCAGUUGUGUUCUUACUGACGACGAAAGCACUAUUUCCUUUACUAAAAUAAGGCUGACCCCUGUACGCGCGUUUCUUGAGAGUCCACACGUCGAUUUACGCUCGUAAACGCCAUGCUCCCGCCGCGUCAUCGCAGCUUCCACGUGACGUUCACGCUCAAGAAACGCGCAAUGUAUUGUCAGCCUUACCCGACCUUACAUUUUUAAGUUGCCUACAUAAAAAAAUACGUAAGUAACUAAUGUAAGCGACUUACAUAGACGUUUUUGUAAAUCGUAAGCUACUUACGUAACUUACGAGUGUAAGGCAGGUAUAAAGCUAAGUAUUGUGCCUACAGUUCCAUAUUGUAUUGAACACGAGUUUAUCUAACUUGGGUAUAUGUCGUUGUGAUACUGUACUGUGUCUAUGCUACUCAACGAGACUUUACUACACGUGGAUUAAAUACUUUGGCAUAUUUUAAUGUAA